AAAAUUUGAGUUUUUUAGACGACCUCUUCUUGGUUUGUGUUAGGAGAGACUCUCUCAGACUAAUUCAUAAAAUAAUUGAAGAAGCAACUUUUUUUUCUAUCCUCUCUUUGUCCAAUUGUAGGUAAAUCGGUUGACUCAUAAACCGAGUCAUCGACUCGUCAGAACCAUAAAAAAAAGGCGAUUCCAAUUCGACGAAUCUCACGAGUUCCACUUUUUUGUUUUUUUUUUUUUUUAGUAAAGUCGCUUUUGCACUAUGGAGAAGAAUUGAACAAAUGCUUAUUAGAGAGUGAGAGACCCAAAAAAAAAAAAAAAAAGGGAGAAAGAUUUAAUAUGGGAGAAAUCGGCGGAGAAGAACUGGUCUUAGAUGUGGAUGAGACGAUCUUCGUAGCGGUGGCGGAAGAUGUGGAGAGGAGCAAAACCACUGUGCUAUGGGCGGCGCGUAAUUUCUCCGGCAAGAAGAUUUGCUUGCUUUAUGUUCAUCGAACUGCUCGCGCUGCCUCCUGGACGCACAAGAAACUUGUUGGUGGUAGCUUUAAAAAGCAUGAUGUUAAGGUGAUUGAGCGUGUUGAGAAACCCAAAGUGGAUGAGCUUAUGAAUUCUUAUCUCCAACUCUUAUCUGAAACUGAGAUUCAAACAGGUAAACUUUGCAUUGCGGGCCAAAAUAUCGAGGAAGGUAUCGUAGACCUAAUUGCUCGGCACAAAAUUAAGUGGUUAGUGAUGGGAGCGGCAUCAGAUAAGCAUUACUCAUGGAAAAUGACGGAUCUAAAGUCCAAGAAAGCUAUGUUCGUUUGCAAAAAAGCUCAUGAUGCCUGCCAUAUCUGGUUUCUGUGUAAAGGUUACCUUAUUUUUACAAGGGCGUCACAUGAGGAUAGUAAUAACAGACAAACAAUGCCGCCCCUGGUACAGCUGGAUUCAGAUACUGAGACAAGGAAAUCAGAAAAAUUGGAAUCCUCUUAUAUGAGGAGAAGAUUAAGAUUUUGGCGUAGCCUCCUUGAACAAGAUGGUGAUAAAGACACAGGUCAACUGGAGAGAGAGAAAGUAGAACCAAGACCACUUCCUCAUUUUUCUUCAGGUUCAAGUUCUUCCAUCGGAGAGCCGGUUGGUCCAGAGCCGGUUAGCCCAGAAUUGGCUGACACAGAUACAUUAAGUACCUCAAAUGUUGAGGAAAAAGAGCGUGAAGGGGAUGUAGCCCGCAAAGUUCAUAGGUAUGACAAAUCCAUGCAUGAUAUUGGCCAAUCAGAGAGAACGGUCUAUGGGGAAGAUGGCAACAAAUGGAAAGAGGAUGCCUGUACAACAGAGGCUUUAUGCAAGGCUAAAGCCUUGGAAGGCUUAUGUAUCAAGGAGUCUAGCCAAAGAAAGAAAUUGGAAGAAUUUCGGGAAAAAGAAAAGCGUGAAGUAAAAAUGGUAAUAGAGCAGAACAACGGAUUCAUGAAACAACUUCAAAUGGUUCAGGGUCAAAAUCUUAAGUUAGGGAACCAGAUAACGAAACUUCGAGACUUGGAAAGAGAACAUGGUGAGAAAUUUGAUACAGCUAUGGAGCUCUUGAAAAGUUUUAGGCAGAAAAGGGAUGAGAUCCGGAUCGAUCAUGAGAACGCAGUAAAGGAAGUGAAUGCACUGAGAAGACUUAUUAAAGGAGAUACUGGAGAGUCUUCAGGGUCAGAAAUGCUCGAGUACUCUUUUCUGGAAAUCAAUGAGGCUACUAACGAAUUUGAUCAAUCCUGGAAACUUGGAGAAGGCAGAUAUGGAAGUGUCUACAAAGGGAAUCUUCAACAUCUUCAAGUUGCUGUGAAGAUGUUACCCUCAUAUGGAUCCCUGAAUCACUUUGAGUUCGAGCGUCAGGUGGAAAUUUUAAGCAGGGUAAGGCAUCCAAAUCUGGUAACGCUGAUGGGUGCUUGUCCAGAGUCUCGGUCUCUCAUUUAUCAAUAUAUUCCUAACGGAAGCCUAGAAGACUGCUUUGCAUCUGAGAACAACGUUCCUGCACUUUCAUGGGAAUCUCGGAUCAGGAUUGCCUCUGAGAUAUGCUCUGCCCUCCUGUUUCUUCAUUCAAACAUUCCUUGCAUCAUUCAUGGAAACUUAAAACCGUCUAAGAUUCUCCUGGAUUCCAAUCUCGUCACCAAGAUCAACGACUAUGGGGUUUCUCAGCUGAUUCCGCUUGAUGGAUUCGACAAAACUGAUCCUCACGUAGAUCCACAUUACUUUGUUUCCAGGGAAAUGACUCUGGAAUCAGAUAUAUACGCGUUUGGGAUCAUUCUCCUUCAACUUCUCACCAGAAGACCUGUUUCUGGCAUACUGAGAGACGUCAAAUGCGCUGUGGAGAACGAUAACAUCAGUGCAGUUCUGGAUAAGUCAGCAGGAGACUGGCCAAUCGCACGAGGCAAAAAGCUAGCUAAUAUAGCUAUCCGUUGCUGUAAGAAAAACCCAAUGAAUCGACCAGACUUAGCAGUGGUUCUACGGUUUAUAGAUCGAAUGAAGGCACCAGAAGUUCCUUCAUCAGAAACAUCAUACUCUGACCCAAAAGUUCCACGCAAGCCUCCUUCUCAUUACCUCUGCCCCAUUUUUCAGGAAGUGAUGAAAGAUCCAUUGAUAGCAGCAGAUGGGUUCACUUACGAAGCAGAAGCGAUAAGAGAAUGGUUAGCGAACGGGCACGAUACGUCACCGAUGACAAACCUGAAGAUGGAAGAUUGCAAUCUCAUACCUAAUCACGCUCUUCAUCUAGCUAUCCAAGAUUGGCAAAACCAAUGGUGAUUUACUUCUUUGCCUUCUUUCUCAGACGCAAAUAUUGCUGCAGGCAUUAUUAUUAACAACUCCCAAUUUUUUUAGAUUGUCACUGUGUAAAGUCACCCCCAAACGUAUGGAAUAUAUAUAUGUCGCAGUUAUAUAAUACAAAAGGAAGCUUACUGUAAUCAUAUUUAAAGUUCUUACUUCUUA